AUGAGCGGAACCGUUACUUCUCCAGAUCUCGCCAACUUGCUGGCCCCAAUCCUUCCAGCACUCCCUGCGGCUGCUAUAUCGACCGAGCCAGCUGUGGGCAUCCUGCCGCUACUCUCGCCCAUCCUGAGGCAGCGAGUGAACCUAUUCUCCUCUUCAAGCACAGAGCCAUGGAUUAAGCUGCUGUGCUACGACACAACCAAGGCUGCAAAGCUGGCCGAGCUGGUACAGAAUGGAAGCCUGGAACCUCAUCCCGUCUCGGGAGAGGUCGAAGUUGACUGGAGCUACGAUGCACAGUCAAGGUUCCGGAGGCUAGACCAAGAGACACUGCAGGCGUUGAUCGUCUUGACCGAGAUUGGCCUUGCAUUUCAGCUGGUAUACUGCGUCAACGAUGCCGCAGGUGGCGGCGAUGGAUGGAGAGUUGGCGAGAUUACUCUGGCAGACAAGGCCUCGCCCUUUUCGCAGUUUGGCGGCGUCCCAACCGUUGCAGAGGCAGAGGCCAAGUUUCAAGAAGCCAAAAUCACCAGCCCCACCGUGACCUAUAACAACGGGUCAACCACCAGCAGCGAAGACCUGAUGGACGACGAGGACGACGAUGGAUACUGGGACCGGUACGAUGCCACUCCCGCACGCACUCCCGCCAACAAUCGCUCCCCGGUCCCUCGUACCGGUGCCAGUGCUGCUACUACCUCCGCCUCCGCAGCUCAUCUGGGCACCUACAAUGCCUCUGCUGUCAUGGAGGAUGACGACGACGACUAUUAUGCGCAGUACGACGACGUUCAGCCGGCCAUGGACAACCACGAUCCCGAUGAAGAGGCUCAGCUGCGCGCUUUCGUCCAGCCCCCCCUUGGCCUCGGCCGCGCCAACAACGCUGCCGACUCCUUUAUUGUCACAGACCCCAACGAAACCCGACGAUCCUGGUCUUUUGACGAUGCAGACAAAGCCAGCAACUCUGGCAGCAUCAACAACCAAGCAAAGUCCGACCUCCCGUCCGCUCAAGAGCUUGCUCUCCUACACCCGCGCCCCGAAUCAAGUGCCAGUUCUAACGGCUCGCAUACCGUCGCCCGGCUCGAAGCCUCUGCUGGCAAGCAGGAGCAGAACGAGUUUGGCGUCAAGCAGCACGUUUCUCGCAGCAUUCGCAGCUUGUUUCUGCUCGCUCGGUCGUCGGGCAUUGAGCGAGAGGAGUUUGAGCGGCUGGUGCGGGAGGAGAUGGACGUUUUGUCUUUUGUCCAUGAUUGA